UUAUUCUUCUACCAUAAAGACAUACUUACAUAAGGAAAUAUAACACUGUUUUAUUACUUAGGAUGGUCAAAUUCUUAGAAGAGAGAAUCUGGGUAGACUCAUUUAGGAAUCUCACUGGUUAAAUCAUUCAUGGACAGAGCUGUUCUAUAUAAACAUGCAGGCAUAUGUUCCUCCCCUUCAGGGUGGAUGCAGUUCCCAGAACCAGGUAAAUACUUGGUACACCAUUGGCUGCUUUCUCCAGUAGACUAAUCCAGUGUUUUCAGCCUUGACUGUGUAUUUAAAAAGUGCCUAGGAAAUUUAAAAAUAAGUGCUAGUGUUAGGGCCCAUUAAAUAAGAGUCUCAGGGAUGGAGUUGAACUGUCAGGAAUUUUUAGAAGCCCCCAUGUGACUCUUGUGGGCAGACAGGCUUGAGAAUCUCUGGUCUAAACCAACCAUAAUAAUUCUAUUUCCCCCACCAGUGAUUGGUUUAGGAGUGGGCAUAUGGUGCAAUUUUAGCCAAUGGAACAUGAGGAGAAAUACACUGCUGACCUUUUGGGGACGUUUUCUUGCCUUUAAAAAGGGCACCCGAGUGAGACCCGCUCUGCCCUCUGUGACUGGGCUUUGGCCCUGGGAGCAGGGCCGGGGCACCAGGGUCUCUACGUCUUUAUACAUUUUUUCAGUAUUACAAAAAUGAGCUGGUAGUGAUUUUUUUAUUUUUUGAGGGCCAUCUUUUUGUUUUAUUUCUCUAUCUUUGUACUAACUCUUCUAUUAAUGUUGUGUUGUGGUGGCAGAAUACAUGAUACCCCUAUUUGUAUAAUACCCAUAUUUAAUUAUGUAAAAUUUCAAUACCUUCAUGUUUUUCUCUCAAUAAGCAGCAUUUAUUUCAUCAGACCCAGAUGGUGUAUCUAGAAGUCAUGUCUUUUUUACAUGGUAGUAUCUCCUAUUUCUUUGUCUCACAGUUCUGUCCCCUGGUUUUACUAUUUUGUUUUUCAUGAACUCCUAAGUAUAGAUGUUUACCUUGUUGUAAUAAUAAACUGAUUUUCCAUAUGCCAGAUCUUUGGCAUUGCUGCCUCCUAGGACUAGAGGGCUAUUCUAAUUUGUUAUCAGGUGGGAUCUCAAAUGGAAUGAAUAUUCUUUUUCUCUUUUUAUUAAAGUGUGAUUUACAUAUAGUAUAAUCUUUUUCAGACGUGUACAGUUGUGUUACCAUUACCACAAUCAAGAUAUAGAACAGUUCUAUCACCAUGAAAAUGUUCUCCAGGCUCCUUUGUAAUCAGCCCCUCUCCUAACCCACAACCACUGAUCUGAUGGUUGGAUACUCGUUUCAAAGGAGCCUUUUCCAUAAGAUCACCAGAGUGUAGACUGAGGGGCUCCCAUGUUGCAUUUUGCAGGUGUCAUUUUCCCUCCUAGAGUGACCUGAGAUGUUUUAUUCAGGUUCCCUACUCCAGUUCCCAACUUAAUUAAAGAUUGGUUUCUCCCCAGUCUGAUUCAUCACUCUUCUUAUCCUUGUGAGUUAUGCUUGGAACAGGGUUGCAUCUUUCUCCGUUGCCACCUUCAGCCUGGUUUUCUGUGUAACAGAGAAGGGAUUUUAAAAUUUUGUGCACUCACAGCAAUCGAGCAAGCAUACAGCUCUUCCAAUACAGUAGAAUCCUCUUAUUUGCGUUUGUACUACCCAGUCAGCAGUGAGAGGUGCCACAAAGAGCUUAGCAUCUUACUAAUGAAAUCUAAUCUUUGCUUCAGGGAGCACUUUUAAAGUCUUAACAAUGUAUGUGUCCUUGUUCAGAAUAUUAAUGUAUAUUUUAAAACACUAAAGAAAGAGAAGUUGAACUGCAUUGACACAGAAUCAGCCAGGCACUUUAUCAUUGUGAUGAUUGUUUUUGAAAAACACACUGUAAACUAUCCUCUCUGCUCUAACUCCCACAGUGUAAGAAAUAUAACAUUACAAAUACAACUGAAGCCCUUUAUGUACUCUUCCCCAAUUCUCCCUUACCUCCCCACAAAGGUAACUACUAUCUUCAAUUUAGUGUUUUCUUUCCCUCUAAUCUGUAUAUUUCUUUUUUUUUUUUUUAAGGAAAAAGCUAAUACUGUUAUGAUUUCUACUUGUUUAUGUAAUUGUAAAGCGUAAUUUAGUGUUGGGGUGUUGUGUACCCGUGUAAGGGUAAACAGACCAGUAGAACAGAAUAGAGAGUCCAGAUCAGGAUCCUCCCCGUUUUGGUUACAUCACAGCUGCUUGAGGUAGUGAUGCAGAUAAUGGGGGAAGGAAAAGGCUAUCUAGCUCAGAUGGUGCUUGGUGCAGUCAGUUCCUGAUACAGUUCCCUCCUUCACACCGUAAUCAGAAAGAAACCUCAGCACAUUUUAAGACCUAAAUAUGGAAAGAAGAGUUGUAAAACUUUGGAAGAAAAUAUAGGUGAAUAUUUAAACAUUCAAUGGAGAAGAAUUUCUCAAAUAAGAUAGAUAAGAGAUUGGUAAAUAUGAUUACACAAAAGUUUAAAACCUCUGGGCAAAGAUAAAACAAAGAAAUAAUGUCUAGGGUAUCUUAUUAAAGAACUCUAGUCCAUCAGUUCCAAAAGAAAAAGACAAAAACUGAUAGAAAAGUGGCCGGAAGACAUUGAUAAGCAGUUACUGGAAGAGAAAACUUGAAUGGCUAGAUAGCAGAGAGUCACUGAAAGGUUUGCAUCAUGGUAAAUGUACUAGGUACAGAUGAUCCCUAAGUUAUAAUGGUCCGGCUUUCAAUUUUUUGAGUUUACAGUGGUGUGAAAGGCAUUCAGCAGAAGCUGCGCUUGGAAUUUUGGAUUUGACUCUUUUGCUGGGCUAGUGAUAAGCCGCUCGGUACUCACUUGUGAUGCUGGGCAGCCGCAGCCGCCAGGCAGCCCCGUGGUCACGAAGGUGAGCGGCGGGCACCCUUACACGUUCCUGACCCAGGCCACUGUUCUGUUUUCCACUUUCAGUAUAGUAUUCAAUAAAUUAUAUGAGGUAUUCAACACUUUAUUAUAAAAUAGGCAUUGUAUUAGUUGAUUUUUGCCCAGCUGUUGGCUAAUGUAGGUGUUCUGCGCACGUUGAAGGUAGGCUGGGCUAAGCUGUGAUGUUUGGUAGGUUUAGGGGUAUUAAAUGCAUUUUCAACUUAACAAUAUAUUCAACUCAUGGUAUAAAGAUUUAUUGGGAUUUAACCCUAGGAGCUGGGGUUAAGUUACUAGAGGCAAAGAAACAACUAAUUUAGGCAGGAGGUUAUGAAAAUUAGAAUUAGGCAUUGGUAUUAUAUGUGCUCUAGUAGGGUGCUUUAUACCCAUAAAACUUACACUCAAAGGAGAAAUAAUUAAGGUCAGUUUGGGAGCUAUAUAAAUUACCUAAAAUGAUCUGUAAUCAUGUAACUUAUUUAACUGUGUUUUGAGCUCUCUCAUGACAUUUUGAUUCAUAGACAACUUUAUGUAUUUUUAGACCUAAAGAUUCUAUGUUGACAGACUGGGAUUUCAAAAUUUGUAGAUACUGACAGGCAUAUGCAGAAUAGGUAAACAGGAUUAUACUGUAUAGCACAGGGAGAUAUAUACAAGAUCUUGUGGUAGCUCACAGUGAAAAAAAAAAGUGACAGUGAAUAUAUGUAUGUUCAUGUAUAACUGAAAAAUUGUGCUCUACACUGGAAUUUGAUACAACAUUGUAAAAUGACUAUAACUCAAUAAAAAUAUUAAAAAAGAUUCUAUGUUGUCAUUAUGAAGUAUAAAUUAUUUGCUUUUUCACUUAAUAUUUACUUACAAUAGAGUAAGCAUUUAAAGGCUGAUAACUAAUUACACACUCAUGCUAUACUCCACACUGUUUAUGCAUAUGGUAUUGCAUAUGUUCAUUUUUAGGAGAUUGAUUUCUGUUUAUAAAAAAUAUUUUGUUUUGACUUUAUGUUUUUGUACAAAAAUAGUAGCAGGACUAUACCACAGAGAUGACUAUUAAAAUAGCCUUUGUGACCACUGGUAUUUAUAGAGUAUGCUUAGGUAAUAAGACCCACUGUUCUGCCUUUUGGUCCUGCCAAGGUGACUCCUCCUGGUGGCAUUCCAGGCAGCUGUAGUUCCAGGCCAGGGGGAGAAGUGAACCGUGGAUGUGAGACUGUCCCAGGGGAGGGAAGGGGUGAAAGUACUCAGACUCUCUCUAGAGCCAAAUCAGUAAGGCUGCAUCUAACCUCGCUGGAGGAUAGGAAGGAAAGAAACCAAUUGGAGGAUGAAUGCAAGAGGAGAAAAUAAAUCCUCCUACUAACUUGCUUGCUGGUCUCAACACUGAAAGACAGAAUUCACAGUUUGGUUUUUGUUUUAAUGACAACAAAAUUCAGAUCUUUAGCUUUAAAGUUGUUCAAGUUUAAUUUUAAUUGUUGAACGAUUAAGAAGAAUGGUAGUUGAGGAGUCAGGAGGCUUGAGUCUAGUCCUUUAACCCUCAUGUGUCUUUGUCAUGCCCUCUCCACAUGUAGAACAAGAGAGUUGGAAUAGAGAUAGCUUCUUAAUGGUUUUGUCCAACUCUGAAAUUAUUAUUCUACAGUGUUUCACCAGUUAUAUUAUUUUUAGUAUUUGUGCCAAACAAAUCUACAUAUUUUUGUUCUGUUCUAUACUCUAGGGCUAUUACAGUUCUGAGGAUUUUUUUCCUGAAGAAAAGCUAAAAAGAUCUGAGGAGAUCGUAGGGGUCUUCAGAAGUUUUCAUAAAUGGCCACCAAGACAAAUGAAAGACACUGAGUAUUAAGUGAUAUGGAAAGCCCAGUGUUUGCAUUUCCUCUGCUCUUAAAAACAGAACCCCAUGUUGAAAAGCUCUUCACAUAUUCUUUUUCUUGGAAUUUUGAAUGCUCACAAUGUGGACACAAGUAUCAAAACAGAUACAUGAAGAAUCUGGUCACCUUUACAAAUGUCAUCCCUGAUUGGCACCCACUUAAUGCUGCCCAUUUUGGUCCAUGUAACAAUUGCAACAAUAAGUCGCAAAUAAGAAAAAUGGUAUUAGAAAAAGUAUCUCCCAUAUUCAUGCUGCACUUUGUGGAAGGCUUACCGCAUAGUGACCUGGAGCGCUAUUCAUUUCACUCUGAAGGCUGUCUUUAUCAAAUAACUUCUGUAAUUCAGUACCAAGCAAACAAUCACUUUAUAACAUGGAUUUUAGAUGCUGAUGGAAGUUGGCUGGAAUGUGAUGACUUAAAAGGCCCAUGUUCUGAAAAGCAUGAGAAAUUUGAAGUUCCUUCUUCAGAGAUACAUAUUGUUAUCUGGGAAAGAAAAACAUCCCAAAUGACAGACAAAGCAUCUGCCUGCUGUCUCCUUAAAAAGACUAAUGAGCAACAUGAUUUCGGUGAUGAGAAACAAGUUUCGCCAGCAUCGUGUUCUGUGGGUGAUGCUGCCUCAGCCCAAACGUCCACAGGAAAUCACCCUACAGACGUGUCAAUUGCUCCUAAUACUCUUUCACAAGAUGAAGCUGUAGCCCUUGGACAUCAUUUACUUUCAGAUCCGAAAGGUUUGGUUGACAAUAUUUUACCUUUGACCCUUGAAGAAAUACAGGUUAACUCUGAAGGUUUUUUAUUAGAACAUAAACCUGUGGCAGGAAAUACAGGAGUUGUCGAAACAAAUACUUUGCAAUUGCGAGAGUCAGUAAUGGCUUCUUUAGUAUCAGCUCCAUGCAAGGACAAGCUUGCGCAAGACCAUUUUGUGGAUUUAAACUUUUCAUCUCCUCUUGUAAAUACAAACAUGACAUCACUACAGCUGAAUACAGAAGAUGCUGUAGUUAGUAAAUCUGUGAAUGGUAUUCAUGCUACUGACCCUAUACAGGGAGUAAAGUCAGCAGAAACAGAACGUACAGUUGCCCUAGAGAAGGAUUCUCCACCAAAACAAUUUCUUUCACCAAAACCUGAGAAGUUAAAACCAGAACAACGUGUUAUAUCUCAGGUGUCCAAUUUGAAGGAAAAAGAAACUGCAGCAUUGUCCAAGUCAUUACAAAAUCCAUCUCUGAAAGAAAAUCAGAAGAAGCCAUUUGUGGGAAGUUGGGUUAAAGGCUUAUUAAGCAAGGGUGCUUCUUUUAUGCCACCUUGUGUUUCAGCUCAUAAUAGAAACACUAUAACUGAUCUGCAGCCUUCAGUUAAGGGGGCAAGUAAUUUUGGUGGCUUUAAAACUAAAGGUACAAAACAGAAGGCUAACCGGGCAUCCAGGAAAGCUCACAGGUGUGCAGGUAAGCCUCCUCCAGUUGGUAACCCUUCACCAAGCCAUUCAUCGUCAGUCAGCACUGCUUCUCUGCAAGCAAGCAGUAGUGGUGACUCGGAAGUUCCAAAGAAAUGUGGAAACACCUCGUAUGGAGCUAACCUCAACCACAGUUCUCAUGGAAAUGAAAAUGGUGUUUCUGCAGCAAACCAUGGGGACCCAGUUGAGGGUCAGAUUCAUAAACUUCGUCUAAAACUUCUUAAAAAACUUAAGGCAAAAAAGAAGAAAUUAACUGCUCUUAUGUCUUUCCCCCAAAAUGGAACACUUCCAAGUGAAAAUUCAGAACAUGUGUCCCAUUGUGGGUCUCCCGAUGAUUGUGAAUCAAUAGAAGACUUGUUAAAAGAACUACAAUAUCAAAUUGAUAUUGCCGAUAGCAAAUCUGAAUGUACCACAGUUUCUAGUGUUUCCCCAUACAAGAGUCAAACUCAUGAAGAAAUUUUAGCAGAAUUACUGUCUCCUACAACUAUUGUUUCAACAGAGCUCUCAGAAAAUGGGGAGACUGACUUUCGAUAUUUAGAAAUGGGUGAUAACCAUAUCCCAGCACCAGUUCCUAAUGAAUUAAACAAUAUUCCCCAAAACACACAUCUGAGACAGGAUCAUAAUUACUGCAGCCCCACCAAGAAGAAUCAGUGUGGAGUGCAGCCAGACUCACUCACAAAUAACGCUGACGUUAGAACAUUGAACUCGGAAAGUCCCAUGAAGGCUGAUAUUUUUGAUGAGUUUUUUUCUACUUCAGCGUUAAAUUCUUUAGCAAAUGACUCAUUAGACUUGCCUCAUUUUGAUGAGUAUCUGUUUGACAGUUGUUGAAUGCUUGAUAACUCUUUUUAGUUUAAUAUUUAUUUAUUACUCUUGGGAAGAUGUACUGUUUCUAGAUAGUGUUUACACACUGGCCUUGUCAUGAACAAAAUGUAAGCUACUGUAGGUUUUACAUUUGGUUAUGCCCAUAAAGCAUGUGAUCUGUUUUAUAGAUUUAAGUGAUCAGGAAUUCGUUCUCUUUGUUGGCUUCAUUUUGUAUUUGUAGGAGAAUGCAGAUUUCAAAAUGUUAAAAAUGAAAAGUAGUGUAUAGUUUCUGGCAGUUUGUACAACUAGGUACAUUAAAUUUUUACAUUUUAAAUUUUAGUUAUGUAAGUUCGAGAAAAACACUAGUUGAUCCAAACGAAGUCAUUGUAUUAGAUAUAUGAAUGUGUGACUGUUUUGUAAUGGUUCUGUGGUCUAUAUAGGAGCCCAAGCUUUCUGGUAGAGUGGUGUGGAAUGUGAACUCCCCUGUACAACUUGUCUCCUCUUUCUUCCUUACAAAAGGUGGCAGGAAACUUGUUUCUACAACUUUAUAUGAUGUUAAAUGAUCAGAAAAUGAUCUAUAACAGGAAAAAGUAAUUUAUUUUUGUGUUGAUGUGCUAAGAGUUUACAUUAUAAGUAUCUUUCUCCCCCAAGACAUUUAUUUCUGUAACCGAGGUGGGUCACCAUACAGCAGUUAGCUUGGGGAGAAAAUAAUAGCCAGUGCAUGUAAGGCUUACUGUAUGUCGGAUUCUGUUAUAUAUGAAACAUAAUUCAUUAAACCUCAGCAUCCCUACGAGCAAGGUACUUUUAUCUCGUUUAACAGAUAAGGAAAGAGCACGGAGCUAGUAAGCUGUAGAGCUGGGAUUGACAGGAGUGGUUACGAUAGCAGUUGAGAGUGCUGAACUUGAUACAUGUUCCACCUCUAGCUUCAUUUAAAGUUUGGAUGCUCAAACAGCGCCAGUGCUAUUGUGAUUUGAAUUAGUAGCAGUAGUUACUAAGGUUUAAGUGUGGCAGUCUUGGGGAAGAAUACUUUGCUAGGGACUCACUACUUCAAAAUUAUUUGUCAGAGUUACUCCCAACCCCCCCCCCCUUUUUUUUUCCGAUUACAAAAGUAACACAUGUUUGUUGUAAGGAAAAACUGGGAAAAUACAGGAAAACACCAAGAUGAUUUUGGAGCAUUCAUCUUAACAUUCAGUGGAAAUAACUAUUGCAGUCAUUUUCAUAUUUUUAUGCAUAUAAACUUUAAGAAAUAAAAAGAGAUUCUGUUGUA